AUGAAGGCCGUUCAAUUUCUCGCUGUUCUCGGCGCUUCGCUCGCCGCUGCCACUACGGACAUGAGUGUCAGCACUACAGUCGUCUGCCACUCAUGCCCAAACGUGACUUCUACCGCGGCCGACAUCGUCACCCGAUCCCCCAUACCCACCACACCCUGCAGUGCUCCGGCCUUGACCGUCAUCAGUUCCGCCACCGGCUCUGGCAAUGCGACGGCAACCGGUACCGGGUCUUCCAGCACAAUGGUUCCGGUAACAGUCUCUGGUGGUGGAAAGCUCGUUGAAAGCUUUAGUGGUGCAUUGGCUUUGGCCGCAGCUGUUGCGUACCUGGUUUAA